ACAGCGUGUAGGCCUAUACGGUCCAUAUAGUUGAUAAACAAAUAUCAAGCUUAAAGUAAUCUGUUCACCUCUGUUGUUGAACGCCCAGCUGUGUAUAAGUACCGGUAGUAACACUGCCAUUCAGGUACAGAACCAAACGUUCCUAUACGAGGAUAUAAAACACAGAUUCUGGAUUCUCCGGGAGGCUACACAUCAUGACGACUGUCCGGAUGUUCACCGUUGAUGCCUUCACUAACGAAUGUUUCCUGGGAAAUCCAGCUGCUGUAUGCUUAGACACGGAAUCACAGCCCAUACCCGAUGACACGAAGCAGAAAAUGGCGGCGGAGAUGAACCUGUCAGAAACGGCAUUUGUCCGACCAUUGCGCGCAGAAGAGCAUCUCGAUACUGGUAACCGAUUUAACCUUCGCUGGUUUACUCCACUCACCGAAGUCAAGAUGUGUGGUCACGCCACACUGGCCACUGCCUUCAUUAUAUUUGACCGCUUGAAAAACCCGUCACCUGAGAUAACAUUCGAGACGCUGAGCGGUGAGCUGAUUGUGCGGAGAGACGGAGAUUUCCUGGAAAUGGACUUCCCCACUGGCACCAUUCAACCCGAGAACACAGCUGACCAUCAGUCUUUGCUAAAGGCAUUACUAGGUAACUCUGAUGCCGUGGAGGAGGUGGUGCUCUGUGAAGCCCUGAAAUAUCUCCUGGUUCGCCUGAAGGAUGGGUGGACUCGAGAGGAGUUCGAGCACUGGUCCCCUCCAGUAGGAUCAUUGCCCGAGGCUGACAAGACAGGAAAGAUGAUUCUUGUGAUUGUCACCGUAAAAGGACCCCCGGAGAAAGGUUUCGUCGACAAGGAUGGGACACCGUACGACUUCGUGUCCCGAUCCUUUGCUCCUUGGACGGGGGUGCCAGAGGAUCCAGUCACAGGUUCUGCUCACACAGUCCUAUCCCAAUACUGGUCACAGCAUCUGGAUAAAAACGAUUUUUACGCACGGCAGUGUUCGAGGCGUGGUGGUGACGUUUGGGUAAUGAGACAGGGGGAGAGAACUGUGCUGAGAGGUCAGGCCGUGAGCAUGUUGGAGGCACAGUUCCAUCUGUGAAGAAAAUGAACUAAAUGGAGACAGGAAGAC